CUUCACCAUUCUCUGAUCAAAGCAGUGAGUCGACGUCACAUGAUCGCCAUCACCUGACCAUGACAUGGAUGUUUUCUUAACUGCAGGGGAAAUUUAUGGCACCUCGUUCGUCUUAGACUUUUAAUCACAGUUCUACGGAGUUCGGUUGUUAAUGAUAGUAGUAAUUUUAGCAGAGAGGGGAGACACACACUCAACAUUUAGCUUGUUGACGUCUGUGGAAGCCGUGACUGUGGGCUAGAGCCGGCUGGCUCCGCUUGACACCCAUGCGAGCAUCAUUACUAUGCUCUUUUAACUCUAUGAAAUAAGGCACAGAGCGAAUUAAAAGUAACGUAAAAGGGCACAAUUCUGCUGUCGUCAAAACAGCAAUGAUGCCUCUCUUUACGACCAACCCAUUCGACCAAGAUGUUGAGAAAGCGACCAGUGAGAUGAACACAGCCGAGGACUGGGGCCUCAUCCUGGACAUAUGUGAUAAGAUAGGACAGUCACGCACUGGGCCUAAAGAGUGCCUCCGUUCAGUAAUGAGAAGAGUGAACCACAAAGACCCUCAUGUGGCCAUGCAGGCACUUACUCUCCUUGGUGCUUGUGUCUCCAACUGUGGGAAGAUAUUUCACCUGGAGGUCUGCUCCAGAGAGUUUGCCAGUGAAGUCAGUAAUGUCUUAAAUAAGGGCCACCCUAAGGUGUGCGAGAAGUUGAAGGCCCUUAUGGUGGAGUGGGCAGAGGAUUUCCGGAACGAUCCACAACUCAGUCUUAUCUCGGCAAUGAUUAAAAAUCUACGUGAGCAGGGCGUGACCUUCCCAGCAGUGGGAUCUCAGGCUGCAGAGCAGGCGAAAGCGAGUCCAGCUCUGGUAGCCAAGGAUCCAUCCACCGCUAAGAACAAAAAAGAGGAAGAGGAUUUGGCCAAAGCUAUUGAGCUGUCACUGAAGGAGCAGCGUCAACAGCCGCAGUCGUCUCUAUCGGGCCUUUACCCCAGCACCCUGCUGUCCUCACACAAAUCAGACGGCAGAAAGGUCCGUGCCAUUUAUGACUUUGAGGCUGCUGAAGACAAUGAGCUCACCUUCAAGUCGGGAGAAAUCAUCACUAUACUGGACGACAGUGACCCCAACUGGUGGAAAGGAGAAACAUACCAGGGAGUUGGUCUUUUUCCCUCUAACUUUGUCACUGCAGACCUCACUGCAGAGCCUGAGAUGGUCAAGACAGAGAAGAAGACGGUUCAGUUCAGCGAGGACAUCCAGGUGGAGACCAUAGAGCCUGAACAAGAGCCAGUCUAUAUAGAUGAGGACAAAAUGGACCAGCUGCUGCAGAUGAUCCAGAGCGCUGAUCCCACAGACAACCAGUCAGACAGCGUUGAGUUGCUACAACUCGAAGGUGCUUGUAAUCAAAUGGGACCCCUCAUUGACCAGAAGUUGGACGACAUAGACCGAAAACACUCUGAGCUGUCGGAGCUGAACGUGAAGGUGAUGGAGGCUCUGUCUUUGUAUGCCAAGUUGAUGAACGAAGAUCCAGUCUAUGCCAUGUACGCCAAGCUGCAGAGCCAACAGUACUACAUGCAGCCGAUAACUAAUGCUGCCCAACAGAUCUACCCUGCUCAGCCUCCGUCAGGUUCAUACGCAAUGAACAGUGCAGCAGCACAGGGUUACACCAUUCCCAUGGAGCAGCUUCCGCCCGGAAGCACAAUUCCAGGCCAGCCAGCUCCAGGUGAUGUUCACAUGUACAUGGGACAGGCUCCAGUCUACACUGCAGCUCCAGGCAGCAUGGCCCCAGCAGACAUUCAGUCCUACCAGAACCCUGCCCCUGCCCCAGGUCCUGCCCCGGGCAUGACACAGACUCCAAGCUACAGCAACCCACCUGGUCUGAGCAUAGCACCUUCUACAGACACCACACAGGUUCCCUAUUCAGAUAAAGCCUUGCUAUAGAACCUCAUUAGAUCAUUGACCAGGUCUGAUCACAAAAUGGUUUGAGAACUUUUUUUUUUUUUUAGAUUUAUUUAAUGAUCACUCAUAACAAACAGAUCAGUUUGAAGUAAAUACACCCUGACAGUGGCUCCAUCAUUCAUCUGUACAGAUAUACUACAUAUAUAUAUAUAUAUAUGCAUAUAUAUAUAUAUGCAGUAUAUUGCAGUAGUUGCAUUUUUCACUCCUGGUUAAACAGUGACCAUUGUGUUUUUAUUUAAUGAACUUUCACGAAGUUACACAGGGCUUGAUUAUAAGCUCUGUGCUCAGUUAGCGCCACCUGUUCCUUCUCCCCUGUGUUUGGAACUGAUUUAGUGCAAACAUGAAGAAGCUUUUUUUUUAACUUCAUUUUAUGGUCACUGAUUCAUCUCGGCCUCAUUCAUUUUAAAUCUUCCGCUAGCAAUAUUGGUUUCCUUUUUUUUAUGUUUUUUAAUAGUGACCGUGCAACAAUUCAUUAACACUAUAUGGGUCAGUAUUUUUAUUUAAUUUUGUAGCAAACUUAAAAUUAGCUUACUUUGAUUUAUAUAUCAAAAAUCAAUAGUCUUAACAGUGUUUUGAUUUCCCUUAGUAUCAAGUCUACAGUGGUCUUUUCCUGGAACAUUAGGAAGUGACAUAGCAGUGGAACUGAGCCUUUAACUGACGCGACGUCUCUGGCUCGACAACAUACUCCAACACACGUGUUCUCUUCAUGUGUUUCCCGCACACAGUGACGUUGAUAAAGUGAGACUUAAGGCAGAUGUCAGACUAUGGCCACACACACACACACAGUUUAAACUCAAACUGUUACCAGUCAGUCUCCGACCAUAACCCUGUGGCAGAAGAAAUCUUCAUCCUAACUUAAGAGACUGGGAAUUAAAUGUCUCCCUAAUUAGGACAAGCAUGUUGUCUCUGUAAAGAUUAUAGGUUUCUAGAAGACCAGUAACGACGCCAGGUAUAGUCUUAAAUAGGCAGCAAAUACAAGAAUACACACAAUCACAUCUUUAUCACCGCUAAUUCAUAACACAGAUGAGUUGGCGACAUGCUUUUUUUUAACUUACUCAUUUUUUUUAUACGUAUAUAAGUAUAUAUCCAUACAGCCAGAAAUGGACAUAAGACAUAAGCUACUACGUCCUGUAUAUGUUGACAUCUUUUAGAAGUACUGCAAACUAAAGCCACUUUGUUUGUUUCUUUUUUUUUUUUUUUUUUAAGUAAAGUAAAAGAAACAUGGGAGGGAUCUGAGCAUGCACAUGACUCUUGUAUAUACUGUACUGACUGAAUAGUGAAGUCACAUGAUAACCUCAACUGUGGGAAGUUCGUUAACACAGCUCUGGACGUUUGGCCAAAGGUUAACUCCCCCGUCACCAUGUUCCAGUUCACUGAAAAGGGCCAAAGAAAAUAAGAAAAAAAAAUGACACUAAAAUGAUCUCAACUGCUACAUUAAUAUGUUCUUCUUUUUUUAAUUAUUAAUUUUGCAGAGGUCUUCCUAUUUUUUUUUUUUUUUCUAUAACCAAGCAUGUCAUUGUCAGUGGUAGACAUGAUCCGUCUGCGUUCAGAAGCUGUGCUAACACACCCUCUCACUGUAGACCUGGCUGCUAAGAGGUGAAUUCUGUGAUCCGCCUUAGCGUCUCUUUAGUCAGUGUUGGUUCAUUUUGUAGUGCAAUUUAAUAUUGUUUGGUUAUUGUUAUGCUAUUUUAAACUGAACAAAAGUUAGUUCUGGAUGUAUGUACUCAGAGAAGUGGAUUGUGUGACUAUUCUGCACUAAUCUAGUUGUAAAUUUCAGUGGCUGACCUGAGAACAUGGACAUUUCUCUCUGUGUUUGAUACUUGCUUAUUAUACUGUAGGCUCAAAUGGUAUUAAUGUGAAAACUGACCAAAACUCCACAUGCUUUUCAAACCUGUCGCUCACCACCUCUACCUGAAGCAAAACUAAAUGUGCAGGCAGGGUUUGUGAAAGUCAUCAAGGCCUCCGUAAUCGGUUCCGGUGCCAUGUUGAAGGAAGGAUCAAACACCUCUGAUUUUGAGUUUUGUUACAAGAAAUUGAAAACCUGAGAAGCCAAAAAACCUAUACAGUUUGGGAAUGAGUUUCGUUCCAAAAGCCGACUUUUACCGGGAUUUUAUUCUUGGUUAAAUUGUCAUUUUGAAUGAACUGCCUCUUGUCCCUGUGCUGCCUCCACAAUAUAUAAAAACAUUUACCUUGGACCUGGCAGCUGGGACAGUGCAAACAUGAGGACAAAACCAGAUUGAUUAAGGCAGGCGUCAUUAAUCUGUUUUGCUGCCUAGAAUAAAUACUAAUAAAUAAAAUC